AUGGCUGAUAACGCCCCCCCCUCCGCUGAGACCUUGCUCAGCGGUGCUGCCGCUCAUCCUCCGAAGACCGCAGAGGAGAUCGCCAAUCAAUAUGAUCUGCUGCCAAAGCUGAUCCCCUACCUCGAUCGCCAUCUGGUGUUCCCCCUGCUCGAAUUCAGCUCUGUCCAGGAUGACGACAAUGAGGUAGUGCGGGCGAAAUAUGAACUGCUCAAGCACACCAACAUGACCGACUAUGUGGCCAACCUGUGGAAGGAAAUCAACGACUCCGACAUGAUCCCCGACGAGUUUGUGAAGAAGAGGGAAGAGGUUCUCGCUAAGCUGCAACAUUACCAGGACGAAAGUGCCAAGAUCACCGAUUUGCUGCAGGAUGAAAGCGUCGUGGGUAACCUGCGCAGCGACAAGGUUGCCAACUUGAAGUUUCUCGAGGAACAGCACGGAGUCACCAUCGAGAUGGUCAACAGCCUUUACGACUAUGGUCGGUUCCAGUACAGCUGCGGUAGCUACGGCAAUGCGGCAGAGCUGCUCUACCAGUUCCGUGUCCUGUCCACCGAUAACGACAAGGUUGCGUCGGCUACGUGGGGUAAGCUGGCCUCGGAGAUCCUGACCACCAGCUGGGAGGGCGCAAUGGAGGAGGUCCAGAAGGUUAAGGACUCCAUUGAAACCCGACUAUUCAACAACCCUCUGGGUCAGCUUCAGAACCGCUCCUGGCUGAUCCACUGGUCUCUUUUCCCUUUCUUUAACCAUGACCCUGCUCGCGAUGUCCUGACCGACCUCUUCUUUUCCCCCGCCUACAUCAACACCAUCCAGACGAGCUGUCCGUGGAUCCUGCGGUACCUGGCUGCUGCCGUUAUCACCAACCGGAACCGUGCACACAAGAACAGCAGCCUAUACCAGAAGCAACUGAAGGACUUGAUCCGGGUUGUCCGCCAGGAGGGCUACGAAUAUUCCGACCCCAUCACCGACUUCGUCAAGGCCCUGUAUGUCGACUUCGAUUUCGAAGAGGCCCAGAAGAAGCUGGGUGAAGCAGAGGAUGUCUUGCGGAGCGACUUCUUCCUGGUUUCGGCGGCCGACGCUUUCGUGGAAGCCGCUCGCCACCUGAUCUCUGAGAGCUACUGCAAGAUCCAUCAACGGAUCGAUAUCAAGGACCUGUCUACCCGGCUUGGGUUGAACCAGGACGAAGGCGAGAAGUGGAUUGUCAACCUGAUCCGUGAUACGCGGGUGGAUGCCAAGAUUGACUAUAAGGAGGGCACUGUGAUCAUGAACCACCCUCCUCAGUCGGUGUACCAGCAAGUCAUUGAGAAGACCAAGGGUGCCUUUUUCCGGACACAGGUUCUCAGUGCCGCCGUUGCGAAAUAA